AUGACAAAAAUAAAUAUAUUAAAUAAUGAUCUAGAAAAUUUAAAAGAAGAUAAUACAAAGGAAAAUUAUACAAAAGAACAUAGAUUUUCAAAUAAAAAAAGAGUAAUAGAAGAUUAUCAUGAACAAAAUAAUGAAAAUGAAUUUAUUAGAAAUUUAAAAAAAAUAAAUCAAAAUAACAAUAAUUUAGAGGAUAAUAAACUGUCUCAAUUUAUUAUAAAUUACUAUGAAUGGGAUGAAAUUCCACCAAUUAAUAAUUUACCAUAUGGUCUAAUUAACAAAGCAAAUGAUUUAAAGUUAAAAAAUUAUUAUAAGAACAUCAAUUUAAAUUUAGAUGAUGAUAAUAUUAGUUUUAUUAAUAAAAUUAAAAUUAAAAAUUUAGAAUAUGAUAAAUUGAAUACAUUUAAUAAACAAACAAUACUAAAUGUCAUUUCGAGUGAUUCAUCAAAUACUCCUUAUAAAAAUAAUAAUGAUGAAAAUAUAAAAGAACAAAAACAUACAAAUAAGUUUGAAGAAGAAAAAUUUCAUUGUUCUGCAUCAUCAAUUAUAUAUGAAGACAUAAAAGAAUAUUUUUUUAAAAUAAAAUUAAAUACUACUAAAAUUAACUCCAUAUAUAUUACUAGCAAAAAUAAUGAUAAAAAUUAUAUACUAAAUACUGAAAAUAAUUUUAUAUCAAUAAGGAGGAAAGAAGAAAUAAAUAAUAAAAAAGAAGAUUCUGUAUUUGAAGAGGAAAACAAUAAUAUUAAAAAUAAAAAUAAUAUAGAAAAUAAGAGUCAAACAAAAAAUAAAAAUGAAUCAGAAAAUAAAAAUGACGUAAAGAAUAAAGAAGAAAUAAAUUGGAUGAAUGACUUUGUAGCUUUAACAAAUAUUCAAAUUUUAGCUAAAAAUACAAAUAAAUUUAACGAAUGGGAUAAUUUAAAAGUUAUCAUACCCAAUAUAAUAAAUUUCUGUUGUAGUCCUAGGUCUUGUAUAUGUAAAAAUAGUUUUUUAACAAUUAAAUAUGUAUGCACAAGUUUAAAGGAUAAUAAAAUUAAUUUAUGUAAAUUUUUUGUUAGUAUUUUUCCCUUCAUAAUAAAAAAAUUAGAUAUAAAAAAUAACUUUUUAAAUGACUGUGCUACUAAAUCAAUUGAAGAAUUUAUGAUAUAUAGCAAUAGUGUUAAUAAUUAUGAAAUGUUAAGAUUAAUUUGUUCUCAUUCAUACGAUAAGAAUUCUUCCAUAUCUAAGAAGAUGUCUUAUUUUGUUUAUUUGUUCCUAAAAAAUUUACCAAAAAAUGAUUUGAUAAAUUUUAAUUUAAGUGAUUUCGCAGAGCCAUUUUUAAAUUUCAUAAAUGCUAAGUUAGAAGAAACUAAAAAAUUCAUAAAACAAGCAUUAAUAUUAUUUUUAGAAUUUCAGAAUGAAGAUUAUAUAAUAGAAAAUUUAAAAAAUGGAGUUAAACAUAAAGAAAAUGUAGUUAUUGUUGAAAAGCAAAUAAGAAAUUUAUUAAAAUGCAACAACAGUGAAUCAUUAAAAAAAAAAUACGCUACUUUUCAUAAAUUUAAAAACACUAACAAAUUAAAAAAUCUUAAUAAGACUUCAUCAUUUAUUUUUUAA